AUGUCAGAGGAUAUGGUCGCUGAUGGCUACAUGGAGAUAAUAAACAUUGACAUUUCUUCAGUUUUAAUUGAGAUGAUGAGAAAGAAGUACUUCGAUCUUCCACAACUACAAUACAUGCAAAUGGAUGUUAGGGAUAUGAGUAAAUUUUCUGACGAAUCAUUUGAUUGUGCCAUCGAUAAAGGUACUUUGGACUCUUUGAUGUGUGGUGUGGAGGCUCCUCUCAGCGCAACUCAGAUGGUCCUAGAAGUGGACAGGUUCUUAAUACAUUGA